AUGACCCGUCCUUCGCGUUCAUCAGCCUCAGCAGGCGCUGCCUCCUACCGGGCAAUUCAAGAAGCCGAGUAUAGACGACUAGACGAAUCAGACGAUCUGCACUCCCCGUAUUCAGUCCUGGAAGCACAGAAGGAGGAGAACGAGAGCAGGAAUAGGUAUAGAGACGUGUUGCCAUACGAACACUCUCGGCUAAAGCUUUCGAAUGGAGGGUAUAUCAAUGCGUCAUUGAUCCCUUCUUAUCACGAGGAUCCUGCACUUCCAACAUAUAUAGCGACACAAGGUCCAUUACCUAAUACAUCUGGCCACUUCUGGCAACUGGUGGUCGAGCAAGGCACCAGAAUCGUUAUCAUGCUCACCCCCCUCUCCGAAGGCGGACGUACGAAAUGCCACAAAUACUGGCCAGAAGCCGGACAAUCCCAGAGUUAUGGCGACGUACACGUUGAAUGCACCGGUGAAUGGAAUCUCCCAAGCACGGGUAACCAGAAUAUGAAUACGUUACGGGUGAUCAAGGUCAAGCUCGGCAGUGGGAAGGAGUGGGAUGUGUAUCAUUUGUGGAGUACGACGUGGGCUGAUCACUCAGCUCUCGAACCGGCGGAUUUUUUGACGCUUGUUGCGCAGGUUGACGCUCUUCGAACGAAACCUACCGCUCUCGUGCCUACCCUGCCUAACCUCUCAUCCACACCGGCGACACCGCUGCUGCUGCACUGUUCAGCCGGUGUCGGACGUACUGGAACGUUCAUCUCAAUCCAUACAGCUAUCGAAUACUUGUUGAGGAACAAAAGUAAAUUCGGAACGGAGGAGGAGCUGGUAAUCGAUAUUGUGGAGUGGUUGAGGGAGAGGAGGAUGUUGAUGGUGCAGACGUUGGAUCAGUUUGAGAUGGUGAAUGAGGUUGUCAUGAUGUCGCUGAAGAAGAUAGAUCGAUCAAGAUACUUUAUUCAGCGAUAA